CCAUCAUUUAAAGUCAGAACUCAGAAUCACAUUCAAACAGAUCAUUAUUAAUUCACAAGAAAUUGAAGACGACCCUGUUUUGCGCUUCUUUUAGUUCCUCAUUUCCUCCAUUCUCAAACAACAACAAAAAAAAGGUGUAACAGAAAAUCAAAGUAGUUGGAGUUGUUAGAGUUGUUGGCGCCAUAAGGCGGAUUCAGUUAUCCACAUGGCAAAGUUGUUGGCAUUAUCGUGCCUCCGGAACGACAGAUGGGGACAGCUGUCACCGCGCCCGCACUACCCGUCCAUGCCCAGCUACCCCAAGGGAGUCAGCCUCCAGAAGCCGGAUUCCGAGCCGGAGAGCACGGCGGUCUUCUCGGUCGUCGGAAUGACUUGCGCCGCGUGUGCCGGCUCCGUCGAGAAGGCCGUCAAGCGCCUCCCUGGCAUCCGAGAGGCUCUCGUCGAUGUCCUCAACAACCGUGCUCAAGUCUUCUUCUUCCCAUCCUUCGUUAAUGAGGAGACUAUUCGAGAGGCAAUUGAAGAUUGCGGGUUUGAAGCAACGUUACUAACAGAUGAUGUGACCGACAAAUCUGUUCAAGUAUGCCGCAUACAGAUUAAAGGAAUGACUUGCACAUCUUGCUCCUCCACUGUUGAAUCUGCACUGCAAGCCCUUCAAGGAGUGAUCAAAGCUCAAGUGGCUUUAGCAACUGAAGAAGCUGGAGUUCAGUACAAUCCAAAUGUUAUUACCUAUGAACAAAUCAUGGAUGCCAUAGAGGACACCGGCUUUGAAGCAGUACUCAUCAGUUCAGGUGAAGACUUGAGCAAGAUAGACCUCCAAGUCAAAGGCGCAUCGGCCGACCGUUCAAUUACACUGCUUGAGGAAUCUCUUCAGGCACUCCCCGGGGUCCUAGCAGUAGACAUACACCCAGAAUUGAAUAAAGUUUCAAUCUCUUAUAAGCCAGACAUGACAGGACCAAGGAAUUUCAUUAAAGUGAUUGAGGAAACCGGGUCCGGCCAUUUCAAGGCGGAGAUAUUUCCUCAAGAAGGAGGCCGAAGGGAUACUCAUAGAAACAAGGAAAUUGAUCAGUAUUACAGAUCUUUCUUGUGGAGUUUGUUGUUUACUAUUCCCAUCUUUCUAACCUCAAUGGUUCUUAUGUAUAUCCCUGGAAUUAAGGAUGUGCUUGAGUCCAAAGUUGUCAAUAUGCUUACAGUGGGGGAGGUUGCAAGAUUGGUGCUCGCGACGCCAGUUCAAUUUGUUAUAGGCCGGCGAUUUUACUCUGGUUCCUACAAAUCAUUGCGUCGUGGCUCUGCUAACAUGGAUGUUUUGAUUGCAUUGGGAACAAAUGCAGCAUACUUCUAUUCGGUCUACACUGUUGCUAGAGCAGCCACCUCUAAGGAUUUCAAGGGUACUGAUUUCUUUGAGACUAGUGCUAUGCUUAUCUCAUUCAUUCUGCUUGGGAAGUAUCUUGAGAUUUUGGCUAAGGGAAAGACAUCAAAUGCGAUUGCGAAGCUCAUGAACUUGACACCAGAUACAGCUAUAUUGCUGACAUUGGACAAUGAAGGAAAUGUCAUUAGUGAGGAAGAAAUCGACAGCAGGUUAGUUCAGAAGAACGAUGUGAUCAAAAUCGUCCCUGGUGCUAAGGUAGCUUCGGAUGGAUUUGUAAUAUGGGGCCAGAGUCAUGUGAAUGAGAGCAUGAUAACGGGCGAGGCACGGCCUGUGGCAAAGAGGAAAGGAGAUACUGUUAUUGGAGGAACUGUGAAUGAGAAAGGAGUCUUGCGUAUCAAGGCAACACGAGUCGGAUCAGAAAGUGCACUUUCGCAGAUUGUUCGGCUAGUUGAGUCAGCUCAAAUGGCCAAGGCACCUGUGCAGAAACUUGCAGACCGCAUUUCAAAGUAUUUUGUGCCUCUGGUCAUCUUGAUCUCAUUUACAACAUGGUUUGCUUGGUUUUUGGCUGGAAGAUUCAAUGCUUACCCAAAGUCUUGGAUACCAUCUUCUAUGGAUAGCUUUCAGCUUGCUUUACAGUUUGGGAUCUCUGUCAUGGUCAUAGCUUGCCCUUGUGCUUUAGGCUUAGCAACGCCAACCGCAGUUAUGGUUGGCACUGGAGUUGGUGCUUCUCAGGGUGUGCUAAUUAAAGGAGGACAAGCAUUAGAAAGUGCUCAUAAGGUGAAUUGCAUUGUUUUUGACAAGACAGGUACUCUCACUGUUGGGAAACCUGUGGUAGUUAACACAAAACUAUUCACAAAUAUGGCACUCCGAGAUUUCUACGAACUUGUAGCAGCAGCUGAGGAGAAUAGUGAGCAUCCGCUGGCCAAGGCCGUUGUUGAAUAUGCGAAAAAAUUUAAAGAUGAAGAGAAUCCUUCAUGGCUGGAAGCACAAGAUUUUGUUUCUAUUACAGGACAUGGAGUGAAGGCCACAGUACGAAACCAAGAAAUAAUUGUUGGUAACAAGAGUUUAAUGACAAGUCACAGUAUUGCAGUUCCUAGUGAUGCUGAAGAUAUACUUGCUGAAGCUGAAGCAAUGGCUCAAACUGGGAUUUUAGUAUCUAUCAAUAGGGAAGUAAUUGGGGUUUUAGCAAUAUCCGAUCCACUGAAACCAGGUGCCGAAGAAGUCAUUUCUAUUCUAAAGUCCAUGAAAAUUAGGAGCAUUAUGGUGACAGGGGACAAUUGGGGCACUGCUAAUUCUAUUGCAAGGGAGGUUGGAAUAGAGACUGUAAUUGCUGAGGCCAAACCAGAGCAAAAAGCAGAGAAAGUGAAGGAAUUUCAGGCAUCUGGCCACACAGUGGCUAUGGUAGGGGAUGGCAUCAACGAUUCGCCUGCGCUUGUGGCAGCUGACGUGGGAAUGGCGAUAGGUGCUGGAACAGACAUUGCCAUUGAGGCAGCGGACAUUGUCCUAAUGAAGAGCAACUUGGAGGAUGUCAUAACUGCCAUUGAUCUUUCUAGAAAAACAUUUUCGCGUAUUCGCUUGAAUUACUUUUGGGCUUUGGGCUAUAAUCUGCUUGGCAUACCAAUAGCUGCUGGAGCUCUAUUCCCUUCUACAAGAUUUCGGUUGCCACCAUGGAUCGCGGGGGCUGCUAUGGCUGCAUCCUCUGUUAGUGUUGUUUGUUGUUCUCUGUUGCUUAAAUAUUACAAGAGACCAAAGAAGCUAGAUAACCUUGAGAUAAGAAGCAUAAGGAUCGAGUCAUCAAGUGAUACCAUGCAUGGCAAUUGAGGGUUUUGCUUCCUUUAGUUGGUCAAAUAUUAUGUGUUUGGAUAUUGUCUUUGAAAUAGAAUAUAGAGACAUGAUAUAUAGAAACCAGUUUGAUUAUUAGACAAGAACAGAAACACAAUUUCUGUUCCAUAGACAACAAGUUUUGAUAUCUUUCUCUCUUUAAAAGUAGGGACAAAAAAGAUAUCUAUUUUCGUCUUGGUGCUUCUGUGUUUCUGUCUUACACAAAAAAUCCAUAUGCAAUCUAAUAUGCCAGAGUUGGCUAAUUUAUAGGUUUGGGAUGAAAAUUUGGUUAGAGCAAAGUAAAGAGUGUAAAUAUUGUGAUUUAUAUAAUUUGUAAAAAUAUGAUCUAACGUGAUAUUUAAGUACACAUACCAUUACUUUAUUAAUGAAUAUCGUGUAUGAUUGUAUGAAACAGAAGUAAGAGGUGGAGAAGUGGGGGGAACUGCUUAUGAUGACAGAUUUGUGAAGAGAGAUUUUUAGGCAUAUGAAUGAUUUUUCUGUUGUAUACUUCUGAUAAAUGAUGUGAUUCGGAAUAGGUUGCUGAGUA